AGAUUCUCAUCGAUGAACCAACUUCCAUGUACUGCUGUGCCACGUUUAAAAAUAGACGACUUUGAUCCCAAGGAGUUGAGCAGUCCUGCCAUAAUAGAAGGAUUUGACAUCGGAAAGUGUUUGCAAUGGACGCCCGAUUACCUCCGAAACACAAUGGGCGACAAACACGUUACAGUGCAUAAAAGCGACCAUCCUGUUUUGAAGUUUCAGCCACGGAAUUUUACCUAUGAGACCUUCCAGUUUGACGAAUUUCUAACUCAUGCUUUUGACGAGAACUGCAAAAGUUUCUUUUAUCUAAGAAGUCUGGCUAAAGCUGCACGUGAUGACGUGGCUAAUUUUGCUGUAGAUUACCCCGAACUGAAAGCGGAUGUCGAGUUUCCGCCUCUUUUCGAAGAAGAUCAAUUUUUCUCCAGUGUGUUUCGCGUUUCAUCAGCUGACGUUGAAUUGUGGACUCAUUUUGACACAAUGGACAACUACCUGUUGCACAUUUAUGGCCAGAAAAGAGUGUUUUUGUUUCCACCAAAAGAUGUAUCGAAUCUCUAUGUUAUAGACGAUAAGCCACGAGUGUUUGAAUUGGACAAUGUUUCCGUAGAAUCUUUUCCUAAUUUGAAAAAUUGCUCUGCCUGGAAAUGCGUGUUAGCUCCUGGAGAUAUUCUGUUCAUUCCUGCUUUCUGGUUUCACAAUGUCAAAGCCCUAAAUUUCAGUGUAUCUGUGAACGUGUUUUGGAAGUCCCUCCCGAGUGAGCUGUAUGAUGCUAAGGAUGUUUACGGCAACAGUGCUCUUUUGCCGGGUCAGAGAGCUCUACAGAGUCUGGACUCUACCUUAAACAAGUUGAAGGGACUCCCUGCCCCCAUUAAAGACUUCUAUAUAAGAUGUCUCAUUCUCAAAUUAGAAGCACUCAUUACGCAGUGACUUGUGCUCAUGCAGCGGAAGCCGGUAAAAUGUAAUUUUGCUAAAAGUCGUUUUUUUUUUUAGUUUCUGAAGACAUUAGCUCAAUAUAAUUUGAUUUUUUAUCCUAAGUAAUGAAGUAUUAUUCAGUAUUAAUGGCAACUAAAUAGCUUUUUCGGAAGCAG